UUCAUAAACGGUCACGUGACCCGAUCACCAUCUUGCGCGUGCCACAUCUCAGGCAACAUCUAUCGCUGUUUGUCAACACAGCAAGAGAAACACAGCAAGACCGCGAAUAUUACAGAAGCAGAAACAGCACUUCGAAUGGCUGUCUCCAGGCCCUUUCCGCAGAUUGCAGAGGUUGUCGUCGUCGGGGCUCAGGAUGUCGGAAAGUCGUGUUUUGUUGGCAUGUUCUGCCGCAAUGAACGAUUUCCCAUGAAUAAUGAGUGGGAAAUUGAUGAUACACAGAACCAAUUUUCAAAAGCUAUACAGAUUGAAGAAGAAACAUGGUACAUCCAAGCACACGAUUUAGUGUUGACACCAUCGCAAGAGAGCCAUACAGGCGUCAGGGACUCAUACUGGAGCUCGUUACUGGCCCGAGCGCGGGGAGUCAUUCUUCUUUACGACAUCACCGAUGAAAAAAGCUACGAGUCUGUGACUAAAGCCGACUAUGAGACCAUUCUCACUUUUCGACAAGAGGUUUUACUACAUUCAGAGAGAGUACCGGAUCCAAACUCCCAGGCCAAUCAAGUAUUUCUGGGAACGUUUCGACGAUUCGGAGGUCUUCUUGUUGGGAACAAGCUGGAUAAAGUAAUAGAUGGACAAGAACAAAACCGACAGGUUCCGAAGAGUUUGGCUGCAGAAUGGGCGGAUAUGCAUGGGAUGAAACAUUUCGAAAUCGAUACUCACAGCCAAAAGAGGCUGGGGGAUGUCAUGCGAGAGCUGAUCCAGAUGAUCAAAAAGAAUGAACAGAGAGACAAUGAAGAUAUGGAACAAAAGCGAAAAUCGCAAGCCAAAGCAUUCGCAGAAGGGAGGAAAAACCUCGGUGGCACUAGUACAUCUGGAAAACCGAAAGAUCGGAAGUUUUUGUCCGGUCUUUCGAGAUCAUUAUCCAAAAUCCGACAUAAAAACUUAGUCGCAACGAAUGAAGCGGCUGGAGCUGAGGACUCGAAAACGGACACGCCCACAUGGAAUAUGUUCCUGUCUUGAAACGAUUCCGAUCAACUUGUCUCAAGAUCCCGAUCAGUUUCAUCUUCUGAUUCUACCCUUUCAUUCAGUCCAGUUGUUUGCCGCUUGCACGUGGAAUGUCUGGUUCCAAAACCACCAUAUAUAUCCCAACACACAUUUCACCACUAGGUGGCACGUUUUGAGAAACAUUGUUCGUCUCUUUCAGUAUUCACCGUUUUCAUCAAUGAAUACGAUAUAUGCACAGCAUCAUGAUCAUCUAAGAAUCUCGUUAUGCUCAGUCAUAUCC